UCACGGAGCGAGGCACAUGCGCGCCGCUAUCUCGUCGCCACACACAUGGUCAGUUAACCUUGCAGUAAAAUAGUGGUAAACCUGAACGUGCUCAGCAACACGCUGCUUUUUGUGCGGAGUUAACACACUAAGUUCGCGACGCAGGAAGUUCAGAACUACUUUAAUGGAACAAAAUCGAAAGAUUUGGUCCAACCAAGUGGUCUUUGUGCGCGUUGAAGCUUCGGAGCCUAGGUAUCCUAGCUAAGCUUAGCUUAGCUUGUGAACACAGACCAACGUGGUGCGUCGCUUGAACAUCAAGUUGGAGCCUUUUAAAGUGUGCAAAAUGCGCGCAAGAACGACGCCAGCCGCAAAGUUCGAGGCGGAACUUUGUGGCGCAAAAGAUCUGCGACAACAUCAACGCUCGGCUUCUUGCAAAAUGCAAGUAAAGGUUGUGCCUCGCACACUAACAGAUCUAUGUGUCAGCCAAGCCCAUCAUCCUGAGCCCCAGGUUUCUGCAUUCAUCAAAGAGGAGGAAGAGGAGGAGUCACCAUACAUCAAGGAAGAGGAGGACUUCGUACCCAUUAAAGGUUUCAGCAAAUAUCUUGGUUCAGAGUGGCAGGAGUCUGAGUCUCCUGGCGUUAAAGAGGAAGUGGAGCACCCACAUAUGGAACAGGAAGAGCCAGAGCACCCUAAACAGCCAAAUAGAGAAUUGCAACUUCCACUCAAAAAGUCGAAGGUAGAGCUGCCAUACGUUAAACAGGAGGACGAUAUCACCAUGUUGACUGGUGAGCCCUUGAAUGAGGAUGGUCCGAGUGACGCCAGCAGAGGGAUGGAGCCUCCAAGUGGCAGCAGCAACUCAACAGGAUCGCAAGCACACAUUUUAAUUGCACCAUCAGAUAGAAAUGGCGCCAUGUCACACUCGCCUUACAAAGAAGAUUGUCGUAAGAAAUCUCACUGUGACGACAAACUCAUCAAAUGCUCUCACUGUGGGAAAACCUUUACUUCUAAGCAAACUUGUCGUACACAUAUGAGGAGGCACACUGACGAAAGACCUUUUGUCUGCUCAGUAUGUGGUCAAGGAUUCAGUCAAAAGAGUGCCUUUAAAGUGCACACAAAAACCCACACUGGUGAAAAACCCUUUUCCUGCUCAGUUUGUGGUAAAAAAUUCCCUUGGAAGAGCCGCUUAAGCGCACACUCAAGAACACACACUGGCGAAAAACCUUUUUGCUGCUCAGUUUGUGGCCAAAGAUUCAGUCAAAAGCGCAACUUCAACACACACUCCAGAAUCCACACUGGCGAAAAACCCUUUUCCUGCUCAGUUUGUGGUAAAAAAUUCCCUUGGAAGAGCCGCUUAAGCGCACACUCAAGAACACACACUGGCGAAAAACCUUUUUGCUGCUCAGUUUGUGGCCAAAGAUUCAGUCAAAAGCGCAACUUCAACACACACUCCAGAAACCACACUGGCGAAAAACCCUUUUCCUGCUCAGUUUGUGGUAAAAGAUUUGCUCAGAAGAGCAAAUUAAACACACACACAAGAACCCACACUGGCGAAAAACCUUUUUGCUGCUCAGUUUGUGGCCAAAGAUUCAGCCAAAAGGGCAACUUAAACAUACACUCCAGAACCCACACUGGCGAAAAACCUUUUUGCUGCUCAGUUUGUGGCCAAAGAUUCAGUCAAAAGAGCCACUUAAACACACACUCAAGAACCCACACUGGCAAAAAAACCCUUUUCCUGCUCAGUUUGUGGUCAAGGUUUCACUGAAAAGCAACACUUAAUAGACCCUACUCACGUGACGUCACAGCCACACCCCCGCACCAUGUUGUCCGGAUACUAGUCAUGUUAAUGCAUUAGCGCUUCGUAAAUUCCUCCUAUUAUGGCGUGUUUUUCUGCCCAUUAACAUUAAUAACAAAAAUGGUGAAGUCGUGUGUGGCGGUCGGUUGCAAAAACAGAGAAGAUAGACGGAGAGACUUGAAUUUUUACCGUAUUCCGAGAGACCCGAAGAGGAGACCCAGAUUGACUGCUGCAAUUCGACGAGAAAACUGGGCUCCAAACGACUACCACAGAUUAUGUAGUAGUCAUUUUAUAUCUGGUAAGAUGCAUUUAAUAUAUAUUUAGAGGGUUUUGGGCUAACAACCACAAUUAAGAUCAUUGCUAGGCUAAUCGCCGACAACAUACACGUAUGUAUGUAGUGAGUGCUAUCGCUAAACCAUAUAAACAUUAAAAGCCCUAGCUCCAUUGACAAAUGACAUGAAAUACAUUAGACUUGACAGUGGAUGUUAGCAAGAACAAAAGAUUUUGAAUUGAAAAUUUCGUAACUCACCUUCCGAGCACAAGAUUCCUGCCGAAUUUUCGUGUACGAGGACCUGUUUCACCCAACCAGCAACGUAGCAUUUAUAAGCCUCCAAGCUCUUAGUUUUUCAAACUUUCGUGAGAAUAGGCUGAUUUUGUGUGGACAAGAUAGUUGUAAAUAUCAGGAUAUCAGAUGUCAGGCGAAGCCAGCGGGUCGAAAAACAUCGAUUUAGGCAUCAAAUACGGAUCUGGCGAAUGGAUAAACUGAAGCUUUUCCACGUAACGCCUUUUAUGCAACGGAUCCAAUGAGUUUACAGCGUCAGAUAACACCGGGGCUUCCAUGAAUUGCUCUAUAACUUGCUCGACUAAUUGAAAACAAUGAGAAUAGGUCUGAAAAAGAGGUACAAUAUGGCGGCCGGAAACAGCGACACGCCCAUUUUGUGACGUAGGUGAGUAGGGUCUAUAGUACACUUAAGAAACCACACUGAUGAAAAACCUUUUUCCUGCUCAUUUGUGGUCAAAGAUUCAGUCGAAAGAGCAAUGUAAACACACACACAAGAACCCACACUGGAGAAAAAGCUUUUUCCUGCUCAUUUGUGGUCAAAGAUUCAGUCAAAAGAGCAACGUAAACACACACAAGAAUCCACACUGGCGAAAAACCUUUUUCCUGCUCAAUUUGUGGUCAAGGAUUCACUUGGAAGGAUCCAAUGAAGAGUCACGUGUGUGGUGGCCAAUGACUGUUUUGUCUGUCAUCAAUGAUUGCUACAUCAGAUUUUGAACGCAGGACGAUUGUGUUGUGUAGAGCGUCCUCAAAUCCAGUUGAAAACUGCUACUUUUGGUGCCUUACGUGUGCUUUGUCCUAUCCUUGUAUGAUGUGCAUCCACACUAUUGCCAGAAGUAUUGUCUCACCUGAUUACCUCUCAAGUGAAGCAAUAGAGCAACAAGUUCUGUAACAUUUGACAAUACUCAUCAUAAUAAUUCCUGUCGUACGUUGUUGCCAAAGAAGUCAUCCUUCUGUCGUCUGUCUCCUUUGCUUUUUCUGGACGAAUGGAACAAGUGAUCUAAUUUGAGAGCACACACCUAGUCGGUAUACUUCCGCCAGCUUCCUGAUUGGUUGGCUUUGUGGCACAUUUGCAAUGUGUGUGCCAAACUGAUUGCGCAGGGAGAGAAAAAUCGGUGCUUGCACGGGUCGACAGAUUGAGCGGUAGGGGGGAAUUGAGCGGGUAAAAUUAACAUUCAAACAAUUCUGGAGCACAGCGUACAUUUUUUUUGCUCAAUAUUGUUUCCUGUAUUCCAAAUUUAUUAUUGCUUGCUUUAAUUGCUCACUCAGAGUAGUGGCACAAAUGGCAAACUACCACAGGAAGCAUCAGGCUUGCCAUUUUUGAAAAUAAUUUUAGUUUUUAUCCUGCAUGAGAGAAUAUGCAAUAUUGCUUUAGCCUUUUACGGUGUUUACUGAGUAUAUCUACAUUCUAAAUACAACUCGUAGCAUUAGAUUUACCAUGGGGAGCAUCCUCUUAAACUCUCAUUUGUUAACAUCUCCUCGUGAUGUCCAGGUGUGUUUAAUUAUUUGAAAAUAAUGUUCUGUUCUCGCUGAGCGUGUAUAAUCAUAAAAGGAAGUCCUGCGUUUGUUGGUUUUGUAGCACUAGACUGAAUUAAUCCUCUCAGGUCAUCAUUGUAUAUCCAUCAUUGUAAUAAUAUACAUUACCGUUCUAAAGUUUGGGGUCGCUUUGACCCUAAGCUUUUGAACGGUAGUGUGUAUAUAUUAGGGGUGUCAAACGAUUAAAAUUUUUAAGCGAGUUAAUUACAGCUUUAAAAUUAAUCGUAAUUAAUCGCAAUUCAAACCCUCUAUAAAAUAUGCCAUAUUUUUCUGUAAAUUAUUGUUUGAAUGGAAAGAUAAGACACAAGAUGGAUAUAUACAUUCAACAUACGGUACAUAAGUACUGUAUUUCUUUAUUAUAACAAUAAAUCAACAAGAUGAUAUUACCAUUAUUAACAUUCUGUUAAAGCGAUCCAUGGAUAGAAAGACUUGUAGUUCUUAAAAGACAAGUUAUAGAAAUUUCAUAUCCAAACCCCUCUUCAUGUUUUCGUUUUAAUAACAUUUGUAAAAAUUUCAAUCUAAAAAUAAACUAGUAGCCCGCCAUUGUUGAUGUCAAUAAUUACUUACACAGUGCUCAUGGAUGCUAAAGCCUAUAAAAUCAGUCGCACCCAAGCGCCAGCAGAGGGCGGCAAAACUCCGGAAAACACAACAAGUACACUUUUCACUUUGCUCUAAUUUUAAUCUGUUUGAGCGGGGCAUUUGUGCGUUAAUUGCGUCAAAUAUUUUAACGGGAUUAAUUUUAAAAAUUAAUUACUGCUCAACGCGAUAAUUUCCUAGUGUAUAUACAGUGGGGAGAAGCCAUUGGCAGUGUAUCAAAUACUUGUUCUCCCCACUGUGUAUAUAUCGGCUUACAAAAUCUGCUUAGGAUAUGAUAUGUGAUAUACCAUCUUUUCUAUUUGUUUUCACACCCUAAUGUAUAUGUUUGUGUAGAAAACCCCCGUGAAUGACUUUGUUCUUAACUGGCCUACACCCUUUCAGUUGCAGCUCACAUGGUACAUUCCAUUACUAUUCAUAGCACGUUUGCUCAUAUAGAAAUGCAAAGUUUGUUAAUCAUGCAGUUUGUGCAGCUAAUAGGCAACCUAAUGGCACGAGUUGAGUAAAGCACCUCCUAUGUUUACAUAUCCCCAAGUACCUUCAUUUGGCCGAAAGAUCGCAGCAUUGUUUCAUGUAUAAUUGCCACACUGAUGCUAUGAUUUGUUGUGCUAUGCCGACUUAAUUAAUAAUUAAUAAUUAUUAUUAUUAAUAAUUGCUUUGUGUUGACAGUUGUUUCUUCUGUUUUAUUGACAGAA